CUCUCCUUCAACUGUGUCACCAGGCCACCUUGAAUUUCAGUUUCCAAACUCCAGAGGGGAAAAUGAGCAGACCAGGAGAUUGGAACUGCAGGGCAUGCAACCACCUCAACUUUCAGAGAAGGGAAUCGUGCCAACGGUGCGGGGAGCCAAGGAGUGCCGGUGACUACGGUGGCAGCUUCGGCGGCAGAGGCUCUUCUUCCUUUGGCUUCACCACUGGACCGGACGUCCGCCCCGGUGACUGGUACUGCACCGUCGGAAACUGUGGAGCCCACAACUUCGCCAGCCGCUCCAGCUGCUUCAAGUGUGGUGCCCCCAAAGAGGACUCCUCUGCGGGAGGAUCAUACGACCUCGACAUGCCCAGAAUGAGAGCCUAUGGUUUUGGCAGCAGCAGCAGUGGCGGUGGCGGUGGCGGUUCUACCCGCCCUGGCUGGAAAUCCGGUGACUGGAUAUGCACCAGGUCUGGAUGUAACGAGCAUAACUUUGCUAAUAGAAUGGAGUGUUACCGAUGCAAUGCGCCGAGGGACUCCAGUAGUGGCAGGUCCCCAUAUUCAUCGUAGAGUUUCUGAACGUGGUUUGCUGUCCAAGAAGAGAAUUGAGAGGCUAUUUGCUUUUUUUGGUCUCUACCGAUAUGUUACUUUCUUCAUCAUCUCUUGCGG